AUGCCGGUCGGAGCAGGAGAAAAGUCGAUCAGCAGCCUCGGCACGCAGGAGGAGGCGCACGCAAUCGGCAGAAGGGUUUUCAAUGAAGCUCUGUCCGCUAAAUCUAUCAUCAAGCUACAGCCAAUCCUGGAAUCUGCUCUUCAGAAGGUGGUUCUUCGAUGGGAAGAGUACGCCAAAACAGGACAGGAGGUGGAAAUUCAGGACGACAUCACGGACUUCACCCUGGAGUCGAUCGCGGCGGGGCUCUUCGGUGAAUACGCCACUCCCAACUUCAUGCAAGACACGAAGCGCCUCCUCCCUGCCCUUUUGACGGGACUUUUUAGCUUUCCGUACAAGUUCCCGCCGCCUCUAAAUAAGCUCCCGCCUUUCGCGUUCGGAAGCUCCAUGGAUGCUAGACAAGAGUACAAAGGCGUCGUUCGUGAAUUGAUACAAAGGCGCCGCGCGGAUGUUGCUGCUGGAAUGGGCGCUAGCAACAGCGGCGGCAUUCUGGAUUUGUUCUUCGAACUCGAGAAACAGUACCAGAUGGACGCCGAAGAAGGCAGCUUUUUCUUCGACGACGACUUCAUCAUUGACAACGUACGGGCCGCGACAAACUUGUCAAUAACAGGAACCUCUUCCUUGUCUCUGCGUACAGUGCUGAGUGAACGCUCCCGAGCCUUGAAUCAAUGUUUUAUGGAAUUUUCACACCGCUUCCAUCGUAGGCCGCGUGUCAUCACUAUUUUGUUUGCGGGGAAGGACACCACUUCGGCGACCCUCACGCGUAUGCUGCAGCUCCUCGGGACUGCUGAGGACGGCAAAGAGAUAAUGGACCAGCUCACCGACGAGCUCAGCGAGGCCGCAACGGUUGAUAAUGGCGAUUGCGAAGAAUUCACCGCCGCCGGCCUGCCGGGGGCCGUAUUGAUUACAUCGUUUCCGCUGCUCAAUGCCGUAGUCCUUGAGGCCAAUCGGUUGCAUCCCGCGGUCGGCUCUGUGUUCCGCACCACGCGGAAGGACAUCAGCUACAACGGAUACCUCAUUCCUGAGGGGGAAACGAUUAGCUGGAAUCUCACCCAGGGUUCACUUGCCGAGACCCUCUACCCGGAGCCGAGGCAGUUUUGUCCGUUCCGUUUCCUGCAUGGAGGCGAAAAGAAGGAUACAGACAGCGCGGCCUCGCCUGGUACUGGUGCCAGGCGGUCAGGGCAACCGAUCCCUCCGAUGUGGGGCUUCGGGAAGCACAUGUGCCCCGGCCGAGAGCUAGCGAAACUCGAGAUGAUACUCUUCAUGAAGACAUUCCUGCCCAAGUUCGACUUUGAGGUCGUGGAGGGGCAGGUGCGGUUGGUUACGACCCCCAUCCUUUGGGCGUAA